UACGCCGAGGCCCGUGAGAGGGAGAAGGGAAGCAGCAGACGCAUCGCUCGCUUCCUCCUUCCUCCAACCUCCACCCACCCCACCGCCCGACUCCCGAGGCGGCGGCUGUCCGCCGCCCCCGCCGGAGACGAGCCGCGCCCGACUGGCAAGAUGGUGGUGGCCACGGAGGAAAUGGCGGUCUACUGCUUCGACACCCUCGUCGCCCACUACACCGGCGACCCGCCGCCGCCGCCCGCCUUCGAGGACGGCAACCACCCAUUGUUUGUGACCUGGAAGAAGGCUACCAAUGGUUCAGAGCCCCGCCUCCGGGGAUGCAUUGGAACUUUGGAGCCCCGUCAGAUUGCCAGUGGCUUUAAGGACUACGCGCUAACUAGUGCCCUGAGGGACCGACGUUUCCCCCCGAUUCAGUCGAAGGAACUGCCAUCCUUAGAGUGUACGGUAUCUAUACUGACUGAUUACGAAACUGCACAGAACUAUCUCGAUUGGGAGGUUGGAACGCAUGGUUUAAUUAUUGAAUUUACGGAUCCAGACUAUAACAUGAGACACAGUGCAACCUAUUUACCUGAGGUUGCUGGCCAUGAAGGAUGGACACACAUAGAGACUAUUGACUCACUCAUGAGGAAGGCGGGUUACAAUGGUACCAUCACUGAGUCCUUGAGGAAGAAAAUCCGUGUCACCCGCUACCAGAGCACCCUGUACACCAUGCACUACGGUGAAUAUGUUGCAUACGUCAAGAAGAAUAGAGGCACAGCCCCGGCAAUUAACAGGGUGCCUGUAGUUAAUGGCUUCAAGCCAGGCCAUUGAUUUAUCUGUACUGCAAAAGCUAAAAGAACUAUUUAUAAUUUAUCUGGGAGCGAUUGGGGCUGGGAAUUUGUUUGAAAAGUUCUCGCCCUUCACAGCUCGUUGAUCUAGCAUCAUUUCAUUCCAAGGAAAAGGGGGCACCAUACAAACAGGUCCCCAAAACAAUGUCUUCCUGGGAUGAAUGAUUGCUUAUGUAUCUUGAAAACUUAAGUGCUUCAUGUGGAAGUUAUCUGGUGAAAUUGAUCGAUUCAAGUCA